AUGGGCUCUGCGGCAUCCGCUUGCUGCGGAAAACCAUCUAAACAUAACACAGUUACUCCGGAGAAAGAGGAGCGCAACACUGCGAAUGUAACUGUCACACCGAAACCGUUGAUCACAGUCCAGGCAAACGAAGAGAUACAAGAAGUACAGUACCCCCACAUUGGGGAAGCUGACAAAGAUCGAAAGCCUAAUGGCUCCACUGGACUGCAAGUCAUUAACACUCAUGCAUCUGCGCCUGAACAUUUCUCGGAACCCUCUACGCCAUGUCCACCAUACAGUAUGCCUCAAACUUCCGUUCCUGGCAGCUCAUAUGUGCCCGAGGGCCCUAACAAGGCAUCACAAAAUAUUUCUCAUGGUUCAGGUGUGCCUGACGACCAUAACAAGGCAUCACAAAAUAUUCCUCAUGGUUCAGGUGUGCCUGACGACCGUAACAAGGCAUCACAAAAUAUUCCUCAUAGUUCAGGUGUGCCUGACGACCGUAACAAGGCAUCACCACAUACAACCGAGCGCUCGCCGGAAAAUUUAAACAGUAACCCAGUGUUGACAAAGCUUCACGCCGAUCCCGUCCAAUUUAUUAUCAACAAGGCGCCUGAAAAUGCAAGGUGGAGAACCCAAUGGACGAUAACGGACGAGGCUGCUAAGAUCCUUAGCGAGUUGGAUGCACCGGUGGUGGUGAUCACCAUAGUGGGGGUAUUCCGUUAUGGUAAAUCAUUCCUGAUGAACCAGCUGAUGGGACAACAAGCAGGAUUUGAGCUUGGCAGGACGGUGUGUGCAGUUACGCGCGGAUUCUGGCUUUGGGCUUUUAAAGAAGAGGAAACCGGUCGAAUAAUUCUCCUUUUGGACAGCGAAGGCCUAUAUGACACAGACAACACGGAGGAAUACACUGCUCAAUUAUUCGUGAUCGGAGUUCUGUUGAGCUCAUGUCUAGUUAUGAACACACCGGGCUCCAAUUUGAAUAUCAAAGAACUUAGCAGUUUAUCGUUCAUUGUCAAUCUUGCAGAUCACAUCAACACUGAGGCUUCCGGGAGUGAAAAUGGGAACGAUACGGUAGGGAUCCAUUUUCCUAGUCUUUUCUGGGUCCUUCGCGAUCAUUUCCUGGACAUGAAAACGGUCGCGGGAACAUCCUUAACUGAAGAUGAAUAUUUGGAAAAUGUGCUCAAACUUCAACCUGGCAAUGGAGCACAGCAGCGAGAGCUCAACAACUUGAGAAUUUCUCUACGUGAAUCCUUUCCGAGGCGGACAUUGCGAGUACUCCCGAAACCAGUUGCUGAUGAUCUGCUACUAGACGCGCAGAAUCUUGAGUGGAUGCAGCUGGACGCUCGGUACCGCAGUAAGAUUGUGAAGGUGAGACAAUAUCUCUUCGUGUAUGCGCCUUUGAAAAGCGUUUGCUCCCGUGCGGAUGGAGGCAGUGUGAAUGUUACGGGCAAAGAGUUUCUACAGUUAGCAACUAUGUACCUCAACACAAUCAACGAGGGCAAAACGCCGUGCGUGGCUGAUGCCUGGCAGAUGCUCUCUGAUAUGGCGUGCCAGGACGCGAUCAAACAAGCACUCGCAUCUUACAAAAUGGCCAUGAAGCGGUCGGUCGAGCCAGAAUUGCCUGUAGAACUCAAUGUCUUGGAGGACUAUCAUGACGCAUUUGAGGAGGAUGCCUUACAAGAAUUCAUGAGCAUUGCCAUUGGCCCACAAAAGGAAAAGGCCUUGGCAGAAUUGAAGAGUUUGUUGGCCGAGUACCAAAAUGACGGAGAAAAAGUUGUUGGUGGGGAGUUCUUUAAAAUUAUUGAGCUGAAUACCAAAAUCAGCAUAGACUACUGUCGAAACUUGCUGGAAGUCCUCCACCAGGAAUUGGAACAGAAAGUGAAAUCGAAGAGCUUCAAGUCUUUCGACGAGUAUGCCGCUGCCAUACAAGACCUCAAAAAGAAGUACAGCGACGAAGCAAAGGGCCCAGGGACACUUACGGUAUUGGAGAAAUAUGAACAAAUCUUUCGAAGAGAUGAACAAGUCCAAGAGUCACACUUCCGUCUCUCUGCAUUGGAAAAGGCAAGAUUGGAAGAUCAGCAUAAGUUGCGAAUGGUGGCAUUUGACAAAAUCCGACAAGAAGAGGAAAUGAAAGCGAUUUUAGCAUCCCUCGAUGCAUAUAAGCACCAGCAAGAAGUUUCUACAGCAGAACUAGAAAAAAGGCGGAAGUUGGAGUCAGAUGCUUUCAAGGCAAAGCUGGAACAGGAGAAAGAACUCUGGGAGCAGCAGCUAAAGGAUGCAGCAAUUAAGAAGGAGAGAAUCUUGGAGGAGAUUUACAGUCGGAAGGUAGAAAGCUUGGAGCGUGAGAUAAGCGAUCGAGAACUAGCUCACAGGAGGGAAAUCAGCGAAUUUAGGGAACGAAUGUCACAGAUUGAAGAUACAGCCAAUCAACGAAUCGGAGAUCUGAUGAGAGCGAUCAAGCGUUAUGAGGAAGAAAAUCGAAACAUAUUAGCUUCUGUCGAGUUUUCUCAAUUGCGUGGCCGGCAUGCACCAGUAUAUGACGAUGGACGGUGUGGGUCUCUCAAUACUAAAACAGGACUACCUUGCCGAAAUCCAACAAAGGGGGGUCGUUGCUGGAUACCCGCCCAUAAAUAGGAUUGAGGAAGAAGUGGUAUUUUUGGGUCGCCAAUACAUUUUAGGGUAAGGGUUACAAGG